GCUCAGCUCAUUGUGCUGAAAUAGCAUUCUCCAUGAGUUGAAAAACUGCCCGCCUCUUUAAUUUUAAGUUUUGAGGCUAGUUUUGGCUAUUAAAUUUGAGAAAUGCAAAAAAUGAAUCAGGCAAAUCUGCAGACUGUGUGUUGAAGUUUUUCCAUUUUAUUUCCUAGAUGCACCCACUGGGCCUGUGUAAUAACAACGAUGAAGAGGACUUGUAUGAAUAUGGCUGGGUAGGAGUGGUGAAGCUGGAACAGCCAGAAUUGGACCCAAAACCAUGCCUCACUGUAUUGGGCAAGGCCAAACGAGCAGUGCAGCGGGGAGCCACUGCAGUCAUCUUCGAUGUGUCUGAAAACCCAGAAGCUAUUGACCAGCUAAACCAGGGCUCAGAAGACCCGCUCAAGAGACCAGUGGUGUACGUGAAGGGCGCAGAUGCCAUCAAGCUCAUGAACAUCGUCAACAAGCAGAAAGUGGCUCGAGCCAGGAUUCAGCACCGCCCCCCUCGACAACCCACCGAAUACUUUGACAUGGGGAUUUUCCUGGCUUUCUUUGUCGUGGUCUCCUUGGUUUGCCUCAUCCUCCUUGUCAAAAUCAAGCUGAAGCAGCGACGCAGUCAGAAUUCCAUGAACAGGCUGGCCGUGCAGGCUCUGGAGAAAAUGGAAACCAGAAAGUUUAACUCCAAGAGCAAGGGGCGCCGGGAGGGGAGCUGUGGGGCCCUGGACACUCUCAGCAGCAGCUCCACAUCCGACUGUGCCAUCUGCCUGGAAAAGUACAUCGACGGAGAGGAGCUGCGGGUUAUCCCCUGUACUCAUCGAUUCCACAAGAAGUGCGUGGACCCGUGGCUGCUGCAGCACCACACCUGCCCCCACUGUCGGCACAACAUCAUAGAACAAAAGGGAAACCCAAAUGCCGUGUGUGUGGAGACGAGCAACCUCUCGCGCAGCCGGCAGCAGCGGGUCAUCUUGCCAGUCCAUUACCCUGGCCGCGUGCACAGGACCAAUGCAAUCCCAGCCUACCCUACCAGGACGAGCAUGGACUCCCACGGGAACCCCGUCACGCUGCUGACCGUGGACCGGCACGGGGAGCAGGGCCUCUAUUCACCACAGACCCCAGCCUACAUCCGUGGCUACCCACCCCUCCACCUGGACCACACCCUGGCCGCCCACCGCUGUGGCCUAGAGCACCGGGCCUACUCACCAGCCCACCCCUUCCGCAGGCCCAAGUUCAGCGGCCGUAGCUUCUCCAAGGCAGCUUGCUUCUCCCAGUAUGAGACCAUGUACCAGCACUACUACUUCCAGGGCCUCAGCUACCCAGAGCAGGAGGGGCAGCCCCCACCCAGCCUGACUCCCCGGGGCCCAUCCCGUGCCUUCCCGCCGAGCAGCAGUGGCAGUCUGCUUUUUCCCACCGUGGUGCACAUGGCCCCGCCCUCUCACCUGGAGAGCGGCAGCACGUCCAGCUUCAGCUGCUACCACGGCCACCGCUCGGUGUGCAGCGGCUACCUGGCCGACUGCCCGGGCAGCGACAGCAGCAGCAGCAGCAGCAGCAGCUCUGGCCAGUGCCACUGCUCCUCCAGCGACUCCAUGGUGGACUGCACUGAGGUCAGCAACCAGGGUGUGUAUGGGAGCUGCUCCACCUUCCGCAGCUCCCUCAGCAGCGACUAUGACCCCUUCAUCUACCGCAGCCGGAGCCCCUGUCGCACCAGCGAUGCAGGUGGCUCAGGCCGGGGGCCGCCUGUGUGCCUUGAAGGCUCCCCGCCACCUGAGGAGCUCCUGGCAGCGCACGGUCGUGGUGCUGGCCCGGGAGAGCCUUGGCCUGGCCCCACCUCUCCCUCGGGGGACCAGCUGUCCACCUGCAGCCUGGAAAUGAACUACAGCAGCAACUCCUCCCUGGAGCACAGGGGGCCCAAUAGCUCUACCUCAGAAGUGGGGCUCGAGGCUUCUCCUGGGGCCGCUCUGGACCUCAGGAGGACCUGGAAGGGGGGCCGGGAGGGGCUUACAUGUGCCUGCUGCUGCGAGCCCCCGCCCUCUGCACUGGAGCCCAGCGCAGGCGCAGCCGACAGCGGCACCUUGUUCCUGGGCGCCCCCCUCUGUGAGGGCUGUGGCCCUUCAGGGGGCGAGCCACCACCAGGAGGCCCCCAGGGCCUGCAUGGCCUUCACCCAGACCAUUUGCCCAGGACAGAUGGGGUGAAGUAUGAGGGCCUGCCCUGCUGCUUCUAUGAAGAGAAGCAGGUGGCCCACGGCAGCGGACGGGGCAGCAGCUGCUACACAGAGGACUACUCCGUGAGCGUGCAGUACAUGCUCGCCGAGGAGCCCCCGCCCAGCUGCCACCCAGGGGCCCAGGACCUGAGCCAGCGCAUCCCCAUCAUCCCAGAGGAUGUAGACUGUGACUCGAGCCUGCCCUCAGACUGCCAAGGGACCCAGGUCUGCAGCCUCUGGAGUGGGACACUAGGCCUGGACACCCCACAGCCCUACCGAGGCCUAGGUAUGUCCCAGAAAGGAGAGUGGGCUCUAGGCUGCCCAGUGGGGGCACUGCUGCAGCCGGGCUGCCCUCCGGAGGAGAAGGGUGUGUCCAGAGCCAGCUUCCCCAGUCCCCUCCAGGACACUCAGGCGUCUGAUACCAUGGCCGCCGAGGCUUCAGGAUCAGGAUCCUGCCCAGCAGACACCAGCGGCACAGGAGCCUGAGCUGAGAAAGAACUCAUCUAGAAAUGGGGAAUUGUGCAGAGACUUCAAAUUCUGAUUUCCUUUUUUUUAAAAAAAAAAAAAAAAAAAAAAUAUUUUUUAGCUUUGACAAACACACAAAAGUGGUAAUAGAGCCCUCCUUCUCAACCCGAAAUGUGAGCCACCUGUGGCAAAACCACCCCCACCCCAUUAACAAAUCAACAGACAAAAUUCU